CCAUUAGAUCAUUUAUUUGUCUGAACCUCUGUUUCGAUCGCUCUCGUUGCACCCUCUGAUAAGGCUGCAGAUCAGGUGCUUAUAGUUUCCUAGCUUGGUUCACUCAAGUACUCACUUGGUGCAUCAGUGGUUCUUGGUCCCUGCCCCUCCACCCUUGAGGCAACAUUGUUCGCUCCUCUACAGCCCACAAUGUACGACUGUGAAACGUGCCCCCGCUACUUUAACAGCUGGUAUGCCUGUCGCCAGCAUAUGAACGACACGCGCCAUUGGGGCGUGCGAUACGAAUGCGAAACGUGUGAUGACCAAUUCUUGACUCAAUGGGAAGUGGAGGAACAUAUGGAUGACUAUAAACACCACGCUCCCAAGAUCCCUUGCGAGACAUGCGGAAGGAAGUUCUACAACCAGACGUCAGCGGAUCAGCACAUGAAUGCAAUGGGCCAUUGGGCUCCAACAUGGCCAUGUGAAACUUGCACACAAAUGUUCCAUACGGAAGGUGCUGCUGAACAGCAUAUGCGGGCCAAGUCCCAUUACAAAAACUACUGCCACCCCUGUAACCGGCGUUUCGAUACUGCGAACAACCUCAAGAUGCACCUGAAUUCGAAGAUUCACCGCGGUCAAGACGUCCUCUGUCCUUUCUGCAACGCCGCUUUUACUACGGCCACUGGUGCUGCCCACCACCUUGAAACCGGCUCCUGCAAGCGUGCUGUAGGCCUCAAUCGCGAGACUAUCUACAAAUUUGUUCGCAGCCGUGACACCCAGGGCGUCAUUACAAGGAAGCUGCUUGAAUGGAACGAGGGUGACAACAUUCAAUACAAGGCGAAUUCCCGUGCAUACAACGGUGAUUACUGGGAGUGCUACUUGUGUCAUCGGGAAUUCAACACUUUGAACGCACUCAAUCAACACCUCAAUUCGCCUGUGCACAAGCAGAAGCUGUAUCAUUGUCCGAACGCGAAGUGUAGGAAGCAGUUCAUUACCAUAGCUGCUCUGUUCAACCACCUUGAGAGUGAAUCCUGCGCUUUUAUGCGGUUUGAGAAGGUACAGCGGCAGGUUCAGGAUGUGUUUCGUGGCGGGAGAGCUAUUGCAUUCUGAGAACAGCAUAACACUAUAAGCCCUAGCCCCCAAAGCUGAACAUGCACUUCGAAUUGAUGUCUGCUAAUAUGGUCUAAAUUUCAAGUGUUGGUGCUCCACAAGUUGACUUCAGAUGCUGUCAUAAGCCAGCUACGCAGGGCGUGUGGGCACAACCUUGCUACGAAACUCCUUCAUUGAGGCCAUUCCUGACGUCUAUCUAAUAUUGUGCAUCUAAUGCGGUCUGCUAUUCUAUCCUCAACCGCGGGCGGCUAUUACGAUCUCAUGUUAUGAAUUCGCCCGAGCAUUGUUAUCAACAAAUUGACAAUAUUCUGAUCAAGUACUUGUGAUUUAGCUAUGAUGUCUUGCUUGCCACUUUGAUGUUCUUACCAGUUUAGUAUCUCGAAAUUGAAGAACCUGUCAACUA